AGGGGAAGUCAGAGCAGGAAUGGCAGCAAUGACUCAGGGGAGACAGCUCAGCAAGGGAGGGGAGAGCAUGCACUGCAGUCUAGGAGAUGGGAUGACUAUGGAGAGGAGCUAUGAGGAUAACUACCUGGGAGUGCACCUGGAGGGGUUUCCUACAAGAUCAAGAUGACUGAAAAGGACCCAGACGCACACCUGGAGGAAGAUGUUGAUGAGCUGGACAGCAAGCUCAAUUACAAGCCCCCACCUCAGAAGUCCCUGAAAGAGCUACAAGAGAUGGACAAAGAUGACGAAAGUCUAGCCAAGUACAAGAAAACACUCCUGGGGGAUGGUCCUGUGGUAGCAGACCCAGCAGCCCCCAAUGUUACGGUCACCCGGCUAACCCUGGUGUGUGAUAGUGCCCCAGAACCAAUCACCAUGGACCUCACCGGGGAUCUUGAAGCCCUCAAAAAAGAAAACUUUGUGCUAAAAGAAGGCGUUGAAUAUAAAGUCAAAAUUCACUUCAAAGUGAACAAGGAUAUUGUGUCAGGCCUGAAAUAUGUUCAGCACACCUACCGGAGUGGGAUGAAAGUGGAUAAGGCAUCAUUUAUGGUUGGCAGCUACGGGCCUCGACCUGAGGAGUAUGAGUUCCUGACUCCCACAGAGGAGGCUCCGAAGGGCCUGCUGGCCCGGGGUACUUACCACACCAAGUCCUUCUUCACCGAUGAUGACAAGCACAACCACCUUACCUGGGAGUGGAACCUGUCCAUUAAGAAGGACUGGACAGAAUGAGAGCACCUGCCCAUCCCUUUCCCUAUGCCUUCCCCCAGAAAGAUCCUUUCAGCAGUGUUCAUCCCUCAUCCCUCCUCAUGGUUCACAGCUGGGCCCUUUCCCAAUGCUCCCCUUAUUAUCUUAUUGAAGCAUCUUAUCCCACACCACCUCACAAAGCACUCCCUAGCACAAGAGGCUUAAAACCCAGGCUUAAACCCUGCCCAAAGUUCUCCAUCUCAGUACACAUUUAAUGUUCUCCUUUCUUAAUCCCAUUAGAGCAACUAAAACCAAAAAAUCAAACCCAGUGCCACUGAGUCAAUUCUGACUCAUAGUGACCCUAUAGGACAGAGCAGAACUACCCCAUGGGGUUUCCAAGGAGCACCUGGUGGAUUCAAACUCUCCACGUUUUUUUGGUUAGCGGCUGUGGCACUUAACCACUACACCACCAGGGUUUCCAUUCGAGCAACUAGAGGCCAGGAAAUGGACAAACUCACUAACAACCCUUUUGCCUUAGGUUCCAGCGGCUCCUUCCCAUCCCUGCAUUCUUUUGUGGUUGCUGCUGGCUCAAGGAAGGUCCCUAAUCAUGUUCUCUGUCAGUCAGGGCUCUUCUUUUGUGGGAGACACUGUAAACAGCACAAGACAGUAAGAAUAAAACAAUAAGUAUA